AUGACACAGGUUGACCUCCAGGAAAGGUGGGGCAAGGUGUCUCCCCUCUGCAGCUUGAGCGAGGAAGCUCAUGACCCCCAGAUCCUGAGCAUGAGCUUCGAGAGAGAAGAUGAAGAUGGUGGGGAGGCAGGAGACAAAGGGAGCACUGGGGACCCUGAUACCCAGGCCUGUCCAAGAAGCAGCUCCCAAGUGACUGAAGACAGUCCUGACUUGCCAUGGCAUCAUCGGCCCAGCGAGGAAGAGAAAUUCUCCAGCUCCUUUAGUGCCGGCGGCGUAGGGAAGGAACCGACGGUGAUGCCUGGGAUGAAGGCCAGCUGGGGAAGAGAUGAGUCCAAGAUCACCCAGACCCAGGACUCCCCUGGACCAGGCACAGCUCCGGGGACCGUCCCUGGCGACCUCUCACACAAGUUAGGUCGGACGCAACCGCUUAGGGAAUCACUACCUGCCGAAGAUGAUGGAGACUCCAGGGCAAACCUGGCCGCUGCCUUGGGGGUCCCGUCCAGCUUCCCUGAGACGGGAAGAGAUUUCUGUGCACAGAGAGGUGUAGACACGUCCCCAGACAACUCCUCUCUCAUGUGUUUCCCCAAGCCCGGGGGCAGCUGGGACCUCCCCAAGCAGGAGCCGUGCACCGCGGCCCGGGGGUCUGCGCCCGCAGCCAGCCUGGCCGCAGCGGUGCUGGCCAAGGCGCGGGCCGGCAGGAAGGGCCAGAAGCCGGAGGGUGCGCGCGAGGGUGGGCAAGAGGAGGCGCCUCCCUACAAGCGCCUACGGGGAGGAAGGGCCUUCCAGAAACCCAGCAACCCUCUGAGUCCCUCGCAGCCGCGGGGCACCAAGCCUUACGCUUGCGAGCUGUGCGGGAAGGCCUACUCCCACCGGGGCACGCUCCAGCAGCACCGGCGGCUGCACACGGGCGAGCGGCCCUACCAGUGCCCCUUCUGCGACAAGGCCUACACUUGGUCCUCGGACCACCGCAAGCACAUCCGCACCCACACCGGCGAGAAACCCUACCCGUGCCCGGACUGCGGUAAGGCGUUCGUGCGGUCCUCCGACCUGCGCAAACACCAGCGCAACAUGCACAGCAACAACAAGCCCUUCCCGUGCGCCGAGUGCGGUCUGACCUUCAACAAGCCGCUGUCGCUGCUGCGCCACCAGCGCACGCACCUGGGCGAGAAGCCGUUCCGCUGCCCCGCUUGCGACAGGGAGUUCGCCGUGGCCAGCCGAAUGAUGGAGCACCAGCGUGUGCAUUCGGGCGAGCGGCCCUUCCCCUGCCCCACCUGCGGCAAGUGCUUCACCAAAUCCUCCAACCUGAUCGAGCACCAGACGCUGCACACCGGCCAGAGGCCUUUCAAGUGCGCCGACUGCGGCGUAGCCUUCGCGCAGCCCUCGCGCCUCGUGCGCCACCAGCGCAUCCACACGGGGGAGAGGCCCUUUCCUUGCGCCCAGUGCGGCCAGGCCUUUGCCCGCUCCUCCACCCUGAAGCGGCACCAGCAGAUCCACUCCGGCGAGAAGGGCUUCCUCUGCGCGGAGUGCGGCAGGGCUUUCCGAAUCGCGUCGGAGCUGGCCCAGCACAUCCGGGUGCACAACGGGGAGAGGCCCUACCAGUGCGAGGACUGCGGCCAGGCCUUCACCAGGUCCAAUCACCUCCAGCGGCACCGAGCCAAGCACGGUACCUGCAAGAAGGAGCCCGUCCCCUCCUCCUCUGAUGAGUGA